CGGAAAAAAUUGACAAUGAACUCAUGACCAUCGGGAGCGACGUUGAAACUAUUAAAAACUGUUAUGGCGUGUUGAAUACAAUAUUCCACGAGCUAGAAAAUAAAUUUAUAUCAUUAGAAAGGAACAUGGAAAAACCGAUGCGCAAAUAUGACACAAUAAAGACGAGGAUCAGAACCCUAGAAAAAGAUGUAAUGAAAAAUACUUCACACGUUAUCGGUAUGGACCAUUCAAACCGUUCGAUGGAAUCAUGGACAAGACUGCAAUACUUCGGAUCCGCUGGAAUGUUUCCGCAUGUAGAUAACCGCUGUUACGGUGAACCACCUGCAUUCGAUUCAGCUUCAUCUUAUUAUGAUAUACCACCAGUGUCGAGACCACAAGCUCAGUAUUUUCUACCCCCGAUGACACAGUUUGGUCCGUCAGCGCCGCCACCUGCACCCCAAGCGCCUAAUGCAUUUUCUCGGCCGCCCGCACCCCCGGAGCCUUCUGCAUUUUUGUCAAAACCACCCCCGAUAACUCCGAAAAAACCUGGAUUGAAGGUGACUGGUUCAGACGAAUCAAGCUCUUCCUCGGUGAUCAUACCGAAAGUAGAGAAAGUGUACAACAAGAUCCCCAUAACGACUGCUAUGCUCAAGUCCGUUGUUCUCAAGCCACCGAACGAGAAAAAGAGAGAAGCAAAUCGGUGGAGAUAUAAUCACGGUGUUUUUAUCAUAUAAUAUACAGAUUAUAAAUUGCGUUAUCGCAUGCCGUCGCGUCGGCUGUUUAAUUAUGAUUCUUGCACGGCCACCGAAAGGUGCCCAAUCCGUUCCGUAGUGCUAACGCUGAAUUUAUUAUUAUUAUUGUUUACUAGCGCAAAGCGCCGUCUUUUUACAAUGAUAUAUUAAUAUAUUG